CUGAUCCUGCUGAGUAGGAUCAAACUGCGUCUGAGGUCAUUUCUUAAGUCUUUAUUAUAUUUCCUGGAACCUUCCUUCACUUGCGAUUAGGAAGGCAAAAACUAGUGAGCAACGUUACCAUGGAGGAAAACUGCAUGAACCCAUCGCCAAUUACUUGGGAAGAGUUGGGAAGGGAAGCAAGCAAGAUGACACACUCACACUGACUGUGCAGUUGAGUUGAAAAUUGGUUGGUUCCAUCAGUAAAAUCCAACUGAUCUGGUGAAUCUCCAUGCGCUAUUUAGCGUGCAUUGACUGGUGAUACCGGUCCGACGCGUUAUUGAAUCAGUUACUGACGUCUGUAAAUCGGAGGCAGGAAGUUUCUCCCGAGCUUCCUGGAAACCUGUGUUUGUUCGAUUCCAUUUUUCAAUCUCCUUUGAACGCUUGUGAUGAAUUGUGUUUAUAAAUUGUUUCGUGUAGGACUCAGUUUUUUAUAUCCUUGUCUGUACCUUUCGAUCCUUUGUUGUGUUGUUAUCUGCGAUGGAUUCGGCGGAGAAUGAGGUUUUCGAUAUGGAAGCUCAGCUGAAAUCCUUUUUGGAUCCUCAAUUGGCCGAAGAAGUUGCUGGGACGACGACGACCACCACCACGACCGACAUCAAUGCUGCUGCGAGAAAGAUGUUUUUCAGAAUCAUUUUGCUUAAUCGUUCUGCUACACGUUUCAAACUUGCAGCUGCCGAUGUUCACUCUGACUAUGGCGUCAUAGGAAGCUCCGAUCACCAGCAACUGUUGAUUCAGGGUUCCGGCGAUGCGGCGCCGGCUGCGGAGGUUCCGAUGGAGAUAUUCAGUGCUCCGUCGGCCUCCGCCGACGAGUGCGAGCAGAAUAGCCGACUCCAGUUGAAAAACAUCAACGAAAUCGUGAGGGGAAAGAAGCUCGACGACCUCCACAGGUAUGGUGGAGUGAGCGGAAUUGCAGAAGCAUUGAACACCGAUCUCCUGAACGGAAUUUCCAUUGACGAAGCAGAGAUCAUCGCACAAUCCGUGGGAGCAGCUGGUCAGAUAAUUGAAGCCACGGCCAUGUUUCUCCACUCCCUCCUUGCCGCUUGCAAGAAUUUAACCUUCUUCCUUCUCUCCAUUGCUGCUAUUUUCUCCUUCAUAUCCGGCGUCAUAGAAGACGGCUUAGCCCAAGGCUGGUAUGACGGUGCAGUCAUAUUUUUAAUCGCCAUUGCCAUCGUUGUUUUUCCGGCUACGCUCAAUUAUUGGGGGGAAAGGAUGUCGCGCAACAAAUUGGAGAAUCUUUGGGAGAUGGCAAAGGUGCGAGUAGUCAGAAAUGGUUGCCCUGUCUUCGUGCUGGCAGAUGCUCUUCGAAUUGGCGACAUAGUAGUACUAAGAAAGGGUGAUCAGGUCCCGGCGGAUGGUAUAUUUGUCGAUGGUGAAUCCCUCGAGGUAGUCGGGGAAUAUCAUCAAUCCACCAUUAAUGGCCUCAAUCCCUUCAUACUGUAUCCUUCGAGAGUGAUAAAUGGAGAUGCUAAGAUGAUCGUGACAGCAAUCGGCAUAGACACCGGGUGGGGAGAGAUGCUCAAUAAUGCUGUUAAAUCCGAUAACAAGUUCAAGUUAGAGGAUUGCCUCCAUAAGGUGAACACCUGCAUACACUAUACUGGGCUGCUUAUAGCCAUCCUGAUCAUCGUUGUUUUGUUUCUUCGGUUUAAGGCAGGAAAGUUAGAUGAUGGGAAUGGAUCAUACAUGCCAGAUCCAAAGGGAGAACCUACAAGAGUAAAGACCAUACUAGAGGAGAUCAAAAGGAUCUUUACCAAGUCGAAAGGGACCGCAAGAAUUCUUACAACACUAUUAGGUGUUUCACUUCUUGGAAUAAUGGAAAGCCUGCCCUUUGUCAUCUGUAUCGCCAUCAUGAUCUUGAACCGUAAAGCGUUAGCCUACAAAGCUUCGAUGAGAGAAUACCUAGCCUGUGUGAAGAUGGCGUCGGUUACGACAGUUUGCUCGGAUAAACACGGUGGGCUAACAGAGCAUGAAUUUGCUGUUGACAAGUUCUUUGUUGGGGGAGAAUUAGUGAGCGAAAGCUCUGUUGUGGCGUCUGAUGUGCUUGAAGGCUUAUGCGACGGCAUUCGCACUCUGUUUUUGAUCCGUCGAAGAGGUGGUUGUUGCGACCCAAAAUUGGAUCAGCUAAUCUCUUGGGCAGAGACAACUUGGGGGAUGAAAGAAGAAUCGUCUUUUGGGGAGCAAUGCAGCAUUAUAAGCGGCGAAUGCUGCGAUCCUUUCCAGCAAUGCUGUCAGAUUGUCGUGACAAAAGAGGAAGAGCAGAGCAGGUACUGCUUUUAUUUAGGACCUCCACAGCACAUCUUGUGCUUGUGUUCUCACUACUACGACAUUGGAGGGGAAAGUAAGGAACUGGAUGGUGACAAGAGGAGGGUGCUUGAUCAGGCCAUUGAUGGCAUGCUAAUCGACGGAGAAGAAAUGAUCGCAUAUGCCAGAGAACGUUUAAACGGAUGCGACACAUGGCCAAUCCAAUCGAACGGCAUAAGUUACAUGGGAAUGGCGAGCUUGAAGGAUACAGAGAGGGCGGCGACAAGAACAGCAAUGUCGAAACUGAGAUCAGCUGGGAUUAGAACUGUAAUUGUCUCGGGGGAUGAUGUCGAAGUAUUGAAAAAUGGUGGGGUUCUUGAUCCUGAUGAUCCCGGCAGCCUGAUGCUCACUGCGAAGGAGUUCAGUGACUGGACAGAGGAGGAGAAGAUGGACAGGGUAGAAAGGAUAUGCAUAUUGGGGAACUGUCUACCGUCCGACAAGAUCGGUCUGAUCAAAUGCUUGCAAGGGAAAGGCCAAGUGGUGGCAUUCAUGGCGCAGCAAACUGUCGACGCUCCGGCGCUGGCGCAAGCCGAUAUAGGGAUCACGUUUGGAGCAUGGAGCUCGGAGAUUGCCCGCGAAUUCGGAGACAUAAACAUCCUCGACAGCUGCUACUUAGGCGUGGUGGCGAGCGCCGUCGAGGCCGGGAGAUGCUUCCUAGAGAAUGUCCGGAAGUACAUCCAGCUGCAGCUGAUCUUCGCCAUUUCCAGCUCCUCAAUUAACUUCAUUGCAACAGUUGCUCUCGGGGACGCCCCCAUAACUGCCCUCCAGCUCUUCUGGCUGAAUCUCGUGGUCGCAUUCCUCGGUGGAUUGGCCCUGCUGACGGGGCCGCCGCCGGCGCCGGAGACAGAUGAGGUGACGAGUGCUUUAUCCCAGAAGCUGAUAACGAAGGGAAUGUGGAGGAAUAUUGCGAUCCAGGCAUCUUACCAGACGACCGUUUUUGUGGCCCUUCAGCAUAGAGGAGAAGUGAUGAUGGGGAUAGAUGGGGAUCGUGUGAAGUCCAUGAUAUACAAUGGAUUCUUCCUCUGCCAGGCGUUUAAUAAAUUUAUAGCUAGAGAGCCUGAGAAGAAGAACAUCUUAAGUGGGCUGAGUCAUGCACGGCGGCACCGCUGGUUUUGGGCGGCGCUGGUUCUUACCGUGGUGGCUCAGGCGGGAUUUGCGGCGGCGGAAAGGGCGGGGCUGAAAUGGAAGGUAUGGGGCGUGUGCUUGCUCGUCGGCCUUAUUUCGUGCCUUUUGGAUUGGCUGGGAAAGAUUGUCAGCAAAUGCAUACGGGAUGUUGUCUCCAGCUGACAGGGGAAGUAGAGAGUUUAAUUUGUUAAAAAUUAGUGUAUAUCAGGAUGAUAUGAUAUGAUAUGUCGGGCACUGUGCAGCUAAUUAAAAAAAUAUUACUAUGUAAUGUAAUGUAGAUAUGUAAGGCUUUGGACUAGCUCGGAAUAGUCCAAAGUUGGAAAUCCCCAGUAAUAAUAAAACAGAUUGGUUGGGUUG